AUGGCGCACCCUGGAAGUUCCAGAAGCAGCGUCAAAGGGCCUGCCACCUUGGCAGUCACUAUCUUCCUGCCCUGUUGUCUGACCCUUCCAGUGCUCCCUGCUACAGACCUUGAAGGAUGGGAUUUUGUCAAGGACUAUUUCCAACAAUUCUUCCUGACCAAGAAGGAGUCGCCAUGCCUUACCCAAGAGAAACAGACACAGUUCCUGCAAUAGUUCCAACCAAAUGGGACAGGCCUACUAGAUAAGCAGAUGUAUACUAUGCUACAGCAGCCCCGCGAUGGGGUACCUGCUGGGGGUAACUCCUCCAUCUCCUCAGGAGGGUCCAAAUGGUAUAAGUACACUCUGACCUACAGGAUCAUCAAUUACCCAGAUGCUAUGAAGCCAUUCACAGUGAGAGACAUUAUAUAUAAUGCAGUUUCCAUCUGGAGCAACGUGACUCCCCUGACCUUCCAGCAGGUACAGAGUAAAGAUGUAGACAUCAAAAUUUCUUUCUGGAAAUGGGCCCAUGGAGAUGGUUGGCCCUUUGACGGGCCAAAUGGAGUCUUAGGCCAUGCCUUUUUCCCAAAUUCUGGAGAUCCAGGAGUUGUCCAUUUUGACAAGGAUGAACAUUGGUCAUCUUCAAACAGGGCUAAAGGCCUUGCCUGGUGGGAGUGCUAG